AUGUCCGCCUUGCAGGAGCGCGAGCUCAAGCAGGAGGGCGCUAUUGAGGCCGCCGAAGAGAACAUGAUAAGUGCUGAUGAUGCCGAGAAGGAGAUGGUCGAGCAGUCCAGGAACGCUGGCAUUCCUGCAUUUAAAUUCGAUCCAGAUGCGACUCCGGAGCAGAAACGAGCUCAAGCUCAGGCUGCCAUCCCCCCAGAACUUCAAAGAAGCAGACGUCCCAAAGGUGCUGCAAUCAUCACGGAUGUCGACGAUGGUACUGGACCUGACGAAGAAUUGCCCGACGUUGGCACAGCUGGUGUUCUUGACGUCGCCAAAGAUGCGGAUGGUAACCAGGACGUGACGGGCAUGGAUCCCGGUUCCCAAGAAGCUCCGUAUUCCCGCACCGGUUGGGCUCCAAAAUUUGGAUGGGGUGACGGCGCGAUUAACUCGGAGAGUCUCCUGGAUCAUUCAACUUGGCUGGAGGGAAGACUACCACACAGCCUUUAUGGAGACUGGUACCACAACACCGCACUGAUUAUCUUCGCUUGUAUUUCCUCGUGGCUUGUCGCUGUUUUUGGUGGUGGUCUGGCUUGGGUUAUGAUUAUUAUGGCUAUCUGCGCAACAUACUACCGAACCUCGCUGCGACGAGUCCGCCGCAACUUCCGCGAUGACAUCACCCGAGAACUUGCCAUAAAGAAACUGGAGAACGAUCACGAGUCGCUGGAGUGGAUCAACUCUUUCAUGGUCAAGUUCUGGCCCAUCUACCAGCCCGUCCUGGCACAAACCAUUGUCAACUCCGUUGAUCAAGUUCUCAGCUCUGCGACCCCAGCUUUCCUCGACAGCUUGAAGCUCAAGACCUUCACCCUCGGCUCUAAGCCUCCCCGCAUGGAGCAUGUCAAAACGUACCCCAAGACCGAGGACGACAUCGUCAUCAUGGAUUGGAAAUUCAGCUUUACUCCCAAUGACACCGCCGAUAUGACGGCUCGUCAGGUUAAGAACAAGAUCAAUCCCAAGGUCGUGCUCGAAAUAAGAAUCGGCAAGGCCAUGAUCAGCAAGGGUCUAGACGUUAUCGUUGAAGACAUGUCCUUUUCUGGCCUCAUGCGACUCAAGAUCAAGCUCCAGAUUCCAUUCCCGCAUGUGGACAGAGUCGAAAUGUGUUUCCUCGAACGCCCGACGAUUGAUUACGUUUGCAAACCUCUUGGUGGUGACAGCUUCGGUUUCGAUAUCAACUUCAUCCCUGGACUUGAGAGCUUCAUCCUGGAACAGAUUCAUGGUAAUUUGGCACCAAUGAUGUAUUCACCCAACGUCUUCCCUAUCGAGAUUGCAAAGAUGCUUGCGGGUACACCGGUUGAUCAAGCUGUGGGUGUUCUCGCCCUCACCUUGCAUGGCGCACAGGGCCUCAAGAAUACCGACAAUUUCGCCGGAACAGUGGAUCCAUAUGCUUCCAUCAGCUUCAGUCGUCGGCAGGAACUUGCUCGAACAAAGACUAUUGAGGACAAUGCGAACCCAAGAUGGAAUGAGACUCACUAUCUCAUUGUUACAUCCUUUAAUGACACACUCGAUAUCCAGGUAUUUGACAAGAACGACUUCAGAAAGUCCAAAGAACUUGGUGUUGCCACAUUCCGCCUGGAAGAUCUUGAAGAACUCAAUGUUCAUGAGAAUGAGCGACUUGAAGUCAUUGGUGACGGGAAAGCUCGCGGUGUCGUCUCAUGCGAUCUGCGAUUCUUCCCAGUCCUUGAAAGUCAGACUCUGCCUGAUGGAAAGGUCGAGCCGCCCCCAGAGUCUAACCAAGGCAUUCUCCGUUUCACUGUUGAGCAAGCUAAGGAUUUGGACGGUACCAAGAGCUUGGUCGGUCUUCUUAACCCAUACGCAGCCUUGUUCCUCAAUGGAAAGACUGUUCAUCGAACGAAGAUACUCAAACGCACCAAUAACCCCAUUUGGGACAAUGGCUCCAAGGAAAUUCUCAUCACGGACCGACGCAAGGCUAAGCUGGGCGUCACUAUCAAGGAUGAUCGGGGUCUCAUUAGUGAUCCUGACCUUGGAAAGUACCAGAUCAAACUCGAUGAAAUGCUGGAGUGUAUGGCACAAGGCAAAGAAUGGUAUCAGCUGUCCGGAACACAAUCUGGCCGUGUGAAAAUGAUGGCUCAGUGGCGCCCAGUUGCCAUCUCAGGCGUCAUUGGCACGGGUGGUUACUCAACCCCCAUUGGUGUCAUGCGAAUGCACUUCCAAAAGGCUACCGAUUUAAGAAACUUUGAGUCAUUUGGCAAAUCAGACCCAUAUGUUCGUGUUUUACUCUCGGGUAUUGACAAGGCAAGAACUGUGACGUUCAGAAACGACCUAAACCCCGAGUGGGACGAGGUUCUCUACGUCCCUAUCCAUUCGCCUCGCGACCGGCUCACUCUGGAAGUGAUGGAUGCAGAGAAGAUGGGCAAGGACCGCAGCCUUGGCUUAGUGGAACUCUUUGCUGGUGACUUUGUUCACCAAGAGGAGAAUGGUGAAUACAUGGUUCACGACAAGAAGACACUUCGCAACGAAGGGCUGCGAUUACACGGCAAGGGCAUCGUCAAGGGUACACUUACAUACACAGCGGCUUUCUAUCCCUGUCUCAACGUUGCGGAUCCUGAAGAAGAGGAGGAGGAGGCCGAGGAAGCACAGAAAUCCGAGAUGGCUAAUGGCAAAGUUGCUGACGACAAGUCUGGGGACAAAUCUGGAGAAACGCCGCGGCCGUCCGUUGAUCGCAACUCCAACGCUGGCAAGUUUAGGGCCAGCUUGGACAAACCACGACCGAGUUCAGAGAAGAGUAAAUCCAACGGAAGCAGCGACAAGACCGACUCUGAAACCGCGGGCCGGCCGUCGGCGGAGAGUACUGGUCCCCCAAAGAUUCGUCUCAGCCCUGAAGAGCUUCUCAAGCAUGAAAGCGGUCUCCUCAUCUUCCGUCUCCUGGAAGCUGAAUUGCCUGACAACAAUAGCCGUCUCGAAAUCUGGGUAGACGACAUGGCCUAUCCCUCUUACAUUUCAUCAACUGCGCCAACCAGGACACACAAGUUUGAUGAAAUUGGCGACUGCGUUAUCCGUGAACUCGACUUCUCACGCCUCACCUUGAAGGCUCGCAAGAAGGGUGACGACAAGGACCAGACUUUGGCACAGCUUACUGGAAACACUAUGGAAACGCUCAAACAGUGCUUGAACAACCCAACAAUGCUCAAACUCCGAACCGAUGAAGGCAAAGGCGGCUGGGUCAAGGUCAGCCUCAAGUACAUCCCAAUCAAGAUGGAGCUAGAUGCCAGCGAGAGCAUCAACAACAUGGGUAAACUUCGUGUGGACGUCCUGGAUGCUGCAGAGCUGCCAUCAGCCGAUCGAAACGGAAAGAGCGAUCCCUACUGCAAGUUUGAGCUCAAUGGCGAAGAGGUGUACAAGACGAAAGUCAUCAAGAAGACACUCAGCCCGACUUGGAAUGAGUACUUUGAAAUUGCGGUGCCCUCGCGAACAGCAGCCAAGUUCAAUGUCAACGUGUAUGACUAUGAUUUCGCCGACAAGCCAGACUUCUUGGGGGGGGCUGUAAUCAACCUGGACUCUUUAGAGCCGUUCAAAGCCAGUGAAUCUAGGUAUAUGCUCGAUGGAAAGUCGGGAACCGUUCGCCUACGAUUACUAUUCCGGCCAGAUUACGUCACAAGGAGUAUCCAUGGGACAUCUACCUUCUCCGGUCUGGGAGCCCCCACCAGAAUUGUUACUGGCGUUGCUGGAGCUCCCAUCAAGGGAGGUGCCGCUGUCGCUGGUGUUGUCGGCCACGGCGUUGGGAGAGGCGCGUCCUUCUUGAAGCGAGGCAUCCUUGGCGGAAAGAAGGAGAAAGAAAACGGAACCGUGCCAGAGCAUCCAGACAUCCCGAUUGUCACUACCACGCCAAGCGAAGGCGGCCCCGGGGGGGAGCCUGGCUUGAGAAAAGCCACUGGUCUUUCCGAGUCCCCAGAUGCUUCUCAGAAUAUAACCACAUCGCAGACAAGCUCCCCCAGCCACACCCGAACGAAGAGCGUUGCCACUUCGAUCCAUAGUACUGCGGCGGGUGGCGGCCCCAAGGGUACAGCUACCUUUACGAUUGUGGGUGCUUCAGGCUAUCCUUUGUCAACAGAUCUUUUCAUUUUGGUGUCUAUGCUUUCACCAAAGGAGAAGAUCGUUGGCAAAACCAAGCACUUCAAGGCGUCGAAUGGAAAAUGGAACUUUGAGGAGACGUUCAAGGUCUCCUGCAAUGCCGAUGCGCAAUUCAAGAUUGAAGCCAAGGGAGAUCACUUCAUCGGUAGCAGUGACGAACUUGGAGAGCACAUCUACUUUGUGGACGAGAGCGGAUCUAAUGCCGCAAAGGAACUUACUGUGGGCGAUGGUACAGUCACGCUCAAGAGCAGCUUCCAACCUGCGGAGAUGGACGCACCCGAUACACCAAAAUCUCACCUGCGGCGCAGUUUCUUAAGCAAACGUGAGCCCCGAGGCAGCCGGGAAACAACACCUAACCCUUAG